AUGAGAAUAGUUACAUGGAAUACAAUCAUCCUCGCAAUCACCUUGCAAUCACCUUCUCAAGCACCUUCUCAAGCCCUUUCAAAUCCGCCUUUGCAGAUUCUCGUUCUUUACCUUUUUUUGGUUUUGGUUUUGGACUUGGAUAAAAUGAACAUGCAUAUCCUUUCGUCUACUUUUAGAGAUUGUAUAAGAAGGAUCCUUAUCUCGUUGCGUUGUUUCGUUCUUCUUCUUCACGGUGAGGUUUACCCUGUUUCCCAAAUCAGUGAUUUCACAAAGAUGAAUCGUGAAAAGUUAAUUAAGAUGGCUGGUUCAGUUCGAACUGGUGGAAAGGGUACUGUCAGAAGAAAGAAGAAGGCCGUCCACAAGACAACAACUACAGAUGACAAAAGGCUUCAGAGCACCCUGAAGAGAAUUGGGGUGAAUGCCAUCCCUCAAAUUGAGGAGGUCAAUAUCUUUAAGGAUGACAUUGUCAUCCAAUUCUCAAACCCCAAAGUUCAAGCAUCCAUUGCUGCUAAUACAUGGGUUGUUAGUGGUGCUCCUCAAACCAAGAAGUUGCAGGACAUACUUCCUAGCAUUAUCCACCAAUUAGGGCCGGAUAAUUUGGAAAAUCUGAAGAAGAUAGCUGAGCAGUUCAAUAAGCAGGUUCCUGAAGCAGGUGCUGGCUCAGCCACAGUUCAAGAAGAGAAUGAUGACGACGUUCCGGAGCUUGUCCCGGGAGAGACUUUUGAGACAGCUGCUGAGGAGGCCAAGGAUAGUUAG